AUGGCGACGACUAGCGGAUCUGGCCGGUCGUGCACCGAUAAAGCCGUUAUGCCGAUCUGGCUAUUUUCAUGGCCUUUUCAUGAUUUGUGGUCAUUUCAAGGCCACAUACCGGUGCACGACCGGCUAGAUCCCGCUGGUCGUACACCAUUACGGCAGCUACCAGUAAUGGUGGUUGGCUAUUGGCAGUGGCUUGGAGUGGGUGGGGAUGAUGUGGAGUACAUCCCGGGAAUUUCUUCAUCAAAUCUAGCGGACCUUAAAGCAGUGUUCCAAAGAAAUGAUCAUGGAGUGUUGCAGCUUGCCCUGGAUUGCAUUUCUAGGGUGCCAAAAGCACAAUAUCUUCUAUUCACUUCUAUCUACGAGCUUGAACCCCAAGUUACCAACAAUUUAAGGGAAACUUUUCCUUUUCCUGUGUACCCUAUUGGCCCUGCUAUACCUUACCUAGAACGUGAGCAAAACAACUAUGGAACUAAUAAUAGUACUAAUGACCAUGGCUAUAUACAGUGGCUAGAUUCUAAACCAGCAGAUUCAGUACUGUACAUCUCAUUAGGCAGCUUCCUCUCUGUUUCAAGUACGCAAAUGGAUGAAAUUCUUGCUGGCUUGCAAAAUAGCAAUGUUAAUUUCGUGUGGGUGGCUCGUGGAGAAGCUUCUCGUUUGAAAGAAAUUUGUGGAGAUAAAGGGUUGGUACUGCCUUGGUGUGACCAAUUAAGGGUGUUGUGCCAUUCUUCUGUAGGUGGUUUCUGGACACAUUGCGGAUGGAAUUCCACUCUAGAAGCUGUUUUUGCUGGGGUUCCAAUGCUUACUUUUCCCCUAUUUUUGGAUCAAGAUCCUAAUAGUAACCAAAUUGUGGAAGAUUGGAAAAUUGGGUGGGAGGCGAAGAGAGAGAUUGGAACUCAAAAAAUUUUAACAAGAGAAGAAAUUGCUGAAGUUAUAAAAAGGUUUAUGGAUUUGAAUAGCGAUGAGGGUAUAGAAGUAAGAAGAAAAGUAAGACAACUUAGAGAUAUUUGUCAAGGAGCUACCACAGAAAGCGGAUCAUCUGUAAUCAACCUUACUGCAUUCAUUCAAGACAUUUCACAAGGACAUAACCAUUGAUCAUAUUAUGUAUUUCAUCUCAUUAAUCACCUCUUAGAAAAACCAUCAGCCAGGGACCAUACUUCUGUGGCUAAAAUAAUUUGUUCUAAAGUUUUUCUGUCGAAUACAGUUGUCACUAAGCAUUUGCUAGAUUCUGUUAUCUAGGGUAUCUGACUUUGAUUUAGUUCUUAAAACUCACCUGCUUGUGUAAAUUUUGAAUCAGUUGAAAAAAUAUCUUGUCUUCUUCCUGGAUUAUUGGCAGUUCCAUGAGUGCAAUUUACUUAAAAUCCUUGAUUUCUGGUCAAAAAGGUGGUAAAAGGAAUACUGGCCAUACAUUUGUAAGUCGGUUCUAAAUACGAUGCAUAUGACUUCAUCACAAAUUGACCCACAAAAUAUUAUACAAGCAUUUUCUUUUAUUUCAUCUUAUCUGUAAUUUUUCAAAACCAGAAGUGAUCUGUUUUUAUCUGAAAACGUUAUCCUGAGCUCACUUUAGAAGAUGAUAAAGGACGCACCUCUUGUUCUUCCAAACUCUACCAAGAUAAACAGCCCAACUGAGAGAUGUACUCAACCGCCAUCUGUCAUGUGGUUGCGAUGCCUUAUCCAGGCAGAGGCCACAUCAACCCUUUGAUGAACCUCUGCAAAUUGUUAGUUUCUAGAAAACAAGAUAUUAUCAUCACCUUUGUUGUCACAGAAGAGUGGCUAGGAUUAAUCGGCUCCAAUCCUAGGCCUGAUAACAUACGCUUCAGAACAAUUCCUAAUGUCAUCCCAUCUGAGAGGGUUAGGGCACAAGAAUUUCCUGGCUUCUAUGAAGCUGUCAUGACAAAGAUGGAAGCUCCUUUUGAACAGCUUCUUGAUCGGCUUGAACCACCUGUGACUGCCAUCAUUGCAGAUCUUGAGUUAAGGUGGCCAAUCAAUCUGGGGACUAGAAGGAAUAUUCCAGUGGCUGCACUUUGGACAGCGUCAACAUUAUAUUUCUCUUUGCUCUAUCAUUUUUAUCAGUUCUCAAAAGAACAUCUUGCAGUCUUGAACCUGCCAGAUCAUGUGGACUACAUCCCUGGAAUUUCUUCAUCAAAUAUAGCGGACCUUAAAACAGUGUUCCACAAAAAUGACAAUGGAGUCUUGCAGCUUCUCCU